UACCACGGGCCUGGGAGCGGAAGCGGGGCCGAGGCAGGCUGGGCGGUGACUGGGGGUGGGGACUGCGCUUCGCCCGGUUGGCAGCCCUCAAGGCGGACCCUGCGGAGCCACGUUCCCGCGCGCGGUGCCGCUGGACUCGGGCUGUGCAAGCGGCAGGGGUUUGGCGCGCCCAGCGCGCACCGGCCGCCAAAGGAAGCGCUUUUGCCUUGGGACCAGGCGCUAGGCUCCUGGCCCGGCCCGGGGGCGCGGCGCGCCCAUGGGCAGCGCCGAGAACUGCAGCGACGGCUCGGAGGACGCGGGGGAGCCGCCGUGGGCAGAGGUGCUGCCUUGCGACGAGCGCCGUUGCUCGCCCUUCCCCCUGGGGGCGCUGGUGCCAGUGACCGCCGUGUGCCUGGGCCUGGUCGCCGUCGGGGUGAGCGGCAACGUGAUGACGGUGCUGCUGAUCGGGCGCUACCGGGACAUGCGGACCACCACCAGCUUGUACCUGGGCAGCAUGGCCGUGUCUGACCUGCUCAUCCUGCUCGGGCUCCCCUUCGACCUGUACCGCCUCUGGCGCUCCCGGCCCUGGGUGUUCGGUACGCUGCUCUGCCGCCUCUCGCUCUAGUGCACCUACGCCACGCUGCUGCACAUGACGGCGCUCAGCCUCGAGCGCUACCUCGCCAUCUGUCGCCCGCUCCGGGCCCGCGUCCUCGUCACCCGCCGCCGCGUCCUUAUGGUCAUCGCCGCGCUCUGGGCCGUGGCGCUGCUCUCCGCCGGGCCCUUCUUCUUUCUGGUGGGCGUCGAGCAGGACCCCGGCCGCUACGCGGUCCAGGACCUUAACGGCACCGUAGCUCACCCCCUCGCCCCGCCGCCACCGCCACUCCUCGGGUCCUCGCGGGCGCCACCGCUGUCCCCGCCGUCGGGGCCCGAGGCGGCGGCGGCCGCGGCGCUGUUCAGCCAGGAGUGCCGGCCGAGCCCGGCGCAGCGGGGCGCGCUGUGCGUCAUGCUGUGGGUCACCACCGCCUACUUCUUCCUGCCCUUCCUGUGCCUCAGCGUCCUCUACGGGCUCAUCGGGCGGGAGCUGUGGAGGAGCCGCGGGCCGCUGCGAGGCCCGGCCACCUCCGCUCGGGAGAAGGGACACCAGCAGAUGGUCCGCGUCCUGCUGGUGGUGGUUCUGGCGUUUAUAGUUUGCUGGCAGCCUUUCCACGUUGGCAGAAUCAUUUACAUAAAUACCAAAGAUUCCGGGAUGAUGUACUUCUAUAGUACUUUAACACUUGCCCUGCAACUUUUCUAUCUGAGCGCAUCCAUCAACCCCAUCCUCUACAACCUCAUUUCAAAGAAGUAUAGAGCAGCGGCCUGGAAACUGCUGCUAGCCAGGCGGUCCAGACAGAGAGGUUUCUGCAGAAGCAGGGAGGCUGGAGGGGACCCUGGAGGAGACAUGGCUGGCUGCACCGAGACCAGCGCUAAUGUACAGACACCAGCAACCAGCAUGGCCAAACACAGCGCCUCAUCCCACAGCUCUGGGACUUAAGGGAAAACAGGUCUGCAGGAAGAAAAGAACUGCGAGGGGGGAACCGAAGCUGUUAGGGAGAAUUAGAAAGAGUGGUUGACAUUUUGCAAGUUGGUCAGCAACUUAGCAUGAUUUUUUUUUUUAAACAAAGGUAUGAAAUGUAACUGUACCAGUCUCUCUGGUUUUCCUUUCAUGUACCCCCUUGGGGACGUUCAUUUUAUCCUCCUGAUAUCCCACAUCACAAAAUGUUCUCUGGGGAGGCUUUGUAAGUCCUCAUUCUUCUACUCUGGGGAAAUAUGACCACUCAUUUUCCAGUUAACAAGUGAUCCAGAGAGAUGCUCCCGUAAAAACUGUCACCUGUGAGGUCAGAGGUGUAUUUUGUUUUAUGUUUUGGAUAUAAAUGUGAUGGUGCAUCUACAAGGAAUCCAGGAUGAUGAGAGUUUUAAUCCAAGAAAUUACUUAAUGCUUAUAUAUGACAGCAAAAAAUGUUUAGAAACAAGUGAAAGGAAUUCUGGGUAGAGUGCAGUGUUCAGGGGUCCCGCCUCUCUCAGGCUCAGAGCAAAUCGUUAAGUUUAGGCACAGUACCCUCUUUCAGAACCUGGGUAACGAAGUCUGAGGGCAGGGAGGUGCAGCAGGAUGUAGCUUCCACAAAGCGACUGUUGAUCACAUUGAUAAGAGCUUUAAUACGCCUUAUUCGCCUCAGCUUGGUGG